CUGGCCGAGCUCCGCGCUCCGGCUGCAGACGGAGGGCUCCCCCCUGUCUUGACAGAGAAAACCGGUGCUGUUGACAUUUGGACGCAGGCGACAAUGGCGACCGAAGUGAGGCAGGAGCUUACACAACUGAUGAACUCAAGUGGAUCUCAUAAAGAUCUUGCUGCCAAAUAUCGGCAAAUUCUGGAGAAAGCCAUUCAGUUUACAGAUGCCGAUCAACUGGAAUCAUUGAAGGCCUUUGUUGAAGCAAUGGUCAAUGAAAAUGUCAGUCUCGUCAUCUCGAGACAGCUGCUCACUGAUUUCUGCACACAUCUGCCCAACCUGCCCGACGCCACAGCUAAAGCAGUGUACCACUUCACCCUGGAAAAGAUUCAGCCCAGGGUCAUCUCCUUUGAGGAACAGGUAGCCUCAAUCAGACAGCACUUAGCAACCAUUUAUGAAAAGGAGGGAGACUGGAGAAACGCUGCCCAAGUUUUAGUUGGCAUUCCCCUAGAAACAGGACAAAAGCAAUAUAAUGUUGACUAUAAAUUGGAUACAUACCUGAAAAUUGCUCGACUCUACUUAGAAGAUGAUGAUCCAGUUCAGGCAGAAGCGUACAUCAACAGAGCCUCAUUGCUUCAGAAUGAGUCCUCUAAUGAACAACUGCAGAUACACUAUAAGGUGUGCUAUGCCAGAGUCCUAGACUUCAGAAGGAAGUUUAUUGAAGCUGCACAAAGAUACAACGAGCUGUCUUAUAAGUCAAUUGUUCAUGAAAGUGAACGUCUGGAGGCUCUGAAGCAUGCUCUGAACUGCACCAUACUGGCCUCUGCAGGACAGCAGCGUUCCCGUAUGUUGGCGACUCUCUUUAAGGAUGAGCGCUGUCAGCAGCUGGCCGCUUAUGGUAUCCUGGAGAAGAUGUACCUGGACCGCAUCAUCAGGGGUAACCAACUGCAGGAGUUUGCUGCCAUGCUGAUGCCUCACCAGAAAGCCACCACAGCGGAUGGCUCCAGCAUCCUCGACAGAGCUGUGAUCGAACACAACCUCCUGUCAGCCAGUAAACUCUACAACAACAUCACUUUUGAAGAGCUAGGAGCAUUGCUGGAAAUCCCCCCUGCAAAGGCUGAAAAGAUUGCUUCCCAGAUGAUCACUGAGGGACGUAUGAAUGGCUUCAUUGACCAAAUUGAUGGCAUUGUGCACUUUGAAACUCGGGAACCCCUUCCUACCUGGGACAAACAGAUCCAGUCGUUAUGUUUCCAAGUCAACAAUCUGCUAGAAAAGAUCCGUCAGGCGGCUCCGGAGUGGGCCGCACAGGCGAUGGAAACCCAGAUGACCCAGUAAAAAUGGCUGCUUUAGCGCACCCUGAGGUUUCGUCUUGCUUCUCCCCAAAAAGACCAAAAAAAACAAACAAAAAAUGACAAAAAAACAAAACAAACAAACAAAAAAAAACCUAACACCUG